AUGGAUCUCGGCACUCAAUUGAUCCUCGCUGGACUGAUUUUUGUGCUCCUUUUGUUGAUCAUUCUGCUCUUGAGUCACCUACAAAUUUUGGAGAUUUUCCCCGAAACAACGGGCAGAUUCAAAUGGGCACUGUUGGAGGAGAACUCCGAGGAACGACGCGGGAUUUUGCAGAACGAUUCGCGAUUCGGUAGUGGAGGGAACAAAAUGGCGAAUCUCGGGAUCGGGAUCUUCUCACGACAAAUCAGCCAAAGCACAGAGAAAUUCGGCUCAAAGUUGGAGGUGGAUCGACUCGAAGAUUUCUCUGGACUUCUCGAAAGUGGAGAGCAUUUUGAAGGGAAAAGAAGCGAACGACAAUAUUUGGUGCCAGCUGAAGAAAUUCACUGCUCGCUUGAAGUGCUAGCAAACGAGAACACGAUGGCCGAUGUGCAUAAAGCAUUACCUGGAAAAGAAGCUGUCCCAGUUUCCCCAAAUCUGAAAAGAGCCAUUUCAACGGAAAGUCUCGAUUCAACGGCGUCGAGUCUCUUCGAAGUGAACAACGAUGUGCCGACCUUGCACUUUACACUCACAUAUCAUGAACCGACUCAAAUGCUUUCCUGUCAAGUGCAUUCGCUCGAUGAUUGCUCGUCGAUUGAGGGUCAAGUGUGGAUGCUUUUCUUUCUUUUACCCCAUUCGAAGCCUUUAUGGAGAACUGAAGCUGAAAAAGUCCCCUCAACGUUCAUCGAGUACCGUUGUCUCUUUCAGCAAUGCGUUCGAAAGACUGAUCUGCACAGGAUAGCAUUACUGGUUCAACUCUAUUCAUCAAAUGGUCUAUCCGCAAAUGUGAUCGGCUCGUGUCGCUUGCGAUUGAAAGAUGCCAAUCUGAUCACAAAGGGAGAGGCAGUGAUGAAUCUAGCAUUGACCUCAAAUAAUAUCAAGAAUCCAUUCGACGAAUUCACCCCAGCGUCCCUUGGCGAAAUCCUUUUUCUUGUCAAUUUCCAUGCCGAUCGUCUCUCUGUGGUCAUCUCGAAACUUAGAAAUCUUGAUAAAUUGUAUAUGGACGUUUUCAUUCGUGUCUACAUCGUUCAACCGAUGGGCAAAGUGAUAAAGAAGAAAACGUCGAUCAAAUCGAUUCUCGAUGGAGGAGCGAAUGUGAUGGAGAGUCUAUUUGUGAAUAUCUCAAGACAGAAAUUAUUGAAGAGUCACAUUCGAUUGUCGGUGGUUUGCUCGGAAAGGAGUGGAGGAGUGGGGAGAUCGAUCGGCCACGUUACCCUUGGUGGAAAGACGGGCGGUCGAGAGCUGGGCCAAUGGAUGAGAAUCAUCGAUGGAGAGCAGACACAUACGGCCACAUGGCAUCACAUUCUUCCAAGAAAUACUUCAAUG